AUGGCGUUAGUCAAGAUGGACGAGGCAGACGAGCAGAUCAUAAAGCCAGAAGCCGCCUCUCCAGCAAUCGAUACAAGUGGAUGGCCUCUGCUAUUGAAGAACUGGGACCAACUCCUCGUCCGCACCGGCCACUUCACACCCAUACCAGCAGGAUGCACGCCAAUGCGCCGUGACCUCAAAUCUUACAUCUCCUCCGGCGUCAUCAACCUCGACAAACCUUCCAACCCUUCCUCGCACGAAGUCGUAGCAUGGCUCAAGCGCAUGUUACGAGUAGAGAGGACUGGCCACUCCGGUACCCUCGAUCCCAAAGUCACUGGAUGUCUGAUCGUCUGCAUUGAUCGUGCGACGAGAUUGGUGAAGAGUCAGCAGGGUGCUGGUAAGGAGUAUGUAUGUGUCCUGCGACUGCACGACAAGCUACCUGGCGGAGAGGCACAAUUGGCACGAGCAUUAGAGACAUUGACAGGUGCGCUCUUCCAGCGACCACCGCUUAUAUCGGCUGUCAAGCGGCAAUUGCGUAUUCGCACAAUUCACGAGAGUAAGCUCUUCGAGUUUGACAAUGAGAGGCAUUUGGCUGUCUUUUGGGUGUCGUGUGAGGCGGGAACGUACAUCCGAACGCUCUGCGUGCAUCUCGGUCUCUUGCUCGGCGUUGGUGGACACAUGCAGGAGCUAAGACGUGUUCGAUCUGGUGCUAUGGACGAGAAGGACGGGAUGGUUACACUCCACGAUGUGCUCGACGCACAGUGGCUCUACGACAAUCAGCGUGACGAAGCGUAUCUGCGAACAGUCAUCAAGCCCCUCGAGACGCUUCUGACGACAUACAAGCGUAUUGUGGUCAAGGAUUCAGCGGUCAAUGCUGUAUGCUACGGUGCUAAGCUCAUGAUUCCGGGUCUGCUACGAUACGAGGCCGGGAUUGAAGUUCACGAGGAAGUCGUCCUGAUCACGACAAAGGGUGAGGCCAUCGCCCUUGCCAUCGCACAGAUGUCCACAGUCGAGCUCUCAAGCUGUGACCACGGCGUUGUCGCCAAGGUGAAGCGCUGUAUCAUGGAGCGCGACCUCUACCCCCGAAGAUGGGGCAUGGGACCCGUCGCGACGGAGAAGAAGAAGAUGAAGGAGUCUGGCAAGCUCGACAAGUACGGACGCACGAACGAGGCCACACCUGCGCAAUGGAAGCAGGAAUACAAGGACUUCAAUGAUCCCGAGGGUGUAAACGGCACGAAUGGCAUCAGUGGUACUGAUGAGAAGCAGGCUGCUGAGGGUGCUGCGGUGAAAGAAGGUAUUCCAGGCAGGGGACGGGACACGACUACCAAGGAGGACGUCGAGAUGGCGGAGCCCGUUGCCCCGGCGCCUGAGAAGAAGAAGAAGCGUAAGCACGAGGGUGAGACUGCCGAGGAGAAGGCGGAUCGGAAGAAGAAGAAGAAGGAGAAGAGGCUGUCGAAGGCUGCGGAUGAUGAGGAUAGUGAUUGA